CCCUGUGUUCUGCUCCGCGGGUUUGUACGUGCGCGUGCCCGGGAGCGUGUACGUCACGUCGGCGCGCACCUAUAUCUGGCUCAGGCAGCUCGUCUGUCUCUAUGCUGGACUGAUUUUGGGACGCGGAGGCGCAGGAACUCACACUAAAUUUACGGCUUAAAAGUGGAUAGCACGAUUACAUGAAUCCGCCUGGAUGGUGAAGACAAAGAAGCGCGGUGUGGAAUUUUUCCAACAAGUGAAUUAUAACGUCUUAUUUCCGACUUUUUUGCCCAGAAGCUGUUACAAAGCCAGUGUGGCGUUCUCUAAGGAGAUGUGAAAUUCAGAGCCUGGACUGCUGUAAAACAAACUAUCAUUCAAGAGUUUUGUGAUUUUCAUUGGGAAAGGGCUCCCCUUGGCUCAAGGAACACCGAAGUUGCUAACUUUAUCAGGAAUAUGAUUGAUUUAUUGAUCUAAUACUGGGAAAGUGAGCAACAAGAAAACCAGACUUCAGGUUGUUUACUUGAAAUAUAAUGUGGCCUAGCGGUGAUGACGGAAUGAAAGCAGUGUGGCUGAAGGGCUGAGACUGGGAGAGAGACACCACUCUGCACUGGAGGGAGGAGCCUAAUGCCUCAGAAAUGUGAAACUAUCAGCUACUGUAGUCCCACCCCUUACAGGGAACCAAGGAAACAAACCUCCCAUCCACAGAAAAUCUGGAGGUUUUCAGCCAUGCACCUCAAGCCAUACCCUAAGCCACAGGAUAAAGAACAUCAUCAGGACAGGGGACAGGAUGGCACAGGAAAUCUUGUGGGUCAACGGGGAGUACUUAGAACUGAGUGGGGUGUUCGCCAAGCAUGCAGUCUCAUGGGUUCGCCUGGCAACGGCACAGUCAACCGGUACCCCCUCAGUGUCAUCUCCACCAAUACUCUCCGUUGUACCACCAACAAUAACAGUACCCCACCCACAAGAGGAAGUGGGGGUUUCUCAAACUCAUGGAGCCAUAAGAGCAAGAUAUCCUCCUCUGUCACUACAUUCACUAGUUCAUUAGUGCUACUCUCCUCCUCGACUGACAUGGAGAAUGAAGGCUCACUAGGAAUAUACCAAGGUGAGGAUGGAGAGGGAUCAUUAGACAUAUGGGCAGUCAUUAAACCUGGGAACACCAAAGAAAAGAUUGCAAUAUUUACUUCCCAGAAAUGUAGUCAUGUUGCAGCAGGUAGCAAUGACAAAGUUUUUGAGAAAGAGGGGAUUACAACAGAUUUGCGGACAGUAUCAAUGAAAAGCAAAGGUUGCUGGGAUGGUGACUGGUCUAUGGCAAAGCGAAGAAAGCGGUCUGGAAAUCUAGAAAAGUCAAGAUGCAUUACUCCUCCAGGGCAAAAGUCUGAAUUCUGCACAACACUUUUGAACUCCAGCAAAAACUCAAAUGCUUCCUCUGGUAUAGCUGGGGAGAUUGUGAAGACAGAUGGAGAAGAGAGUGGAAAAACGAUUUCUGUGGUUGAAAUGGUGGCCUACUUGGAACAGAGGGCUAGCAAUCAACGUGUAGACCCGAAACGUCCAUCAUUGCGAAGCUCCAGCACAAUUACUCUGUCCAAAGGUCUAUCACUGCUUCCUCCAGCUGAACAGGUAUCUAAAGGUCCACAGCUGUCAGAGGUCCAUGAGGAAGAGGAAUCAGUGCGAGUGCUGGACAUGGUUGCCAAGCUGGAAUCUCAGUGCCUCAGUAGACAAAGUGUGAGAGAAGGAGGAGACCUCUCUCGCAACAACAGUCUGCGGAGGAGAGUGGGACGUGUUUUGCUGGCAGGAUCUGAACCAUACUCUGCAGUCUUGCCUAGCCAGGAGGCGUUGCCUAGCCUUCCUCAGGACGAGAGAGCUGACAGUCACUCAGAGCAAGUUGCUAGUGAUGUAGAUAAACCUAGAGCCCCACCAGAAGCCUGUGUGCCUGUGCACUCGGAGCAUUUUGCACUCAGAGUAAGGAACAUGACCGAACAGGAGACAUGUGUUAAAGUAGACACAAUAAACAGCCUGUGCAUUCUGGCUAAUCAGGCCAGCUCAGAGACCCAUGAGUGCAUUGAGGAGCCUCUUCCAGGCAUGCUGUUCUUUGCUCAGUCUCCCCCUCAGGCUCCUUUGGAGCAGCGAUGUUACUCUAAUUCUAAGAAUAGCUCCAUAUCAAACAAUACAGAGGAUUCUUCUAAUGACCAAAAGAAUGAACAGAGUGGGGCACCACCACACAAACAGGCACUGGAACCUCCUUCUGCUGAUGUGUCUUUUAGAGAGGAGAAUAUGAAUAAAUUGGAGGACAGUAAUGAUUUGGAGGAAAUGGAAGAAGAGUUUGGUGUAAAUAAUCGGGGUCCUGUGCCUUUGCGUCGCCUAGUGUCUCAUGAAUUCCUGGAGACCCGCUUUAAGAUUCAGCUCCUCCUGGAGCCCCAACAGUAUAUGGCGUUUCUGCCCCACCACAUCAUUGUCAAGAUCUUUAGUUUGCUGCCUACUGAAAGCCUGGCUGCCCUCAAGUGCACCUGUCAUUACUUUAAAUUCAUAAUUGAGAGUUAUGGUGUGCGCCCAGCUGACUCCCGCUGGGUCAGUGAUCCACGCUAUAAAGACGAUCCCUGCAAGCAGUGUAAGAAGCGCUAUGGCCAUGGUGACGUGUCACUUUGUCGUUGGCACCAUAAGCCCUACUGCCAGGCAUUGCCCUAUGGCCCAGGCUACUGGAUGUGCUGCAGGGGGGCCCAUAAGGACACACCUGGUUGCAAUGUGGGACUCCAUGACAACCGGUGGGUCCCUGCCUUUCAUAGUAUCAAUAUGCCAAUUUAUAAAAAAAGCAGGGACAGUGAAGAUGAUGUGUAGUGUGCUGGAAUGAGAUGGUGUAUGAGUUCUUUUUUUUUUUUUUUGUUUGUUUGUUUUUUUGUUUUUUGCAAGAAAUGUGUCCACAUAGCUGUAACUAGUGUGGGUGAAUACUGGUUCUUGUGCCUCUGCUGCCAUAUGAGCAUGUGAUUUUUGGUUCAUUUUUUUAUGUUGAAUUAGCUUGCAUCCACACUGCUGAAACUAACCAGAUGGAUGGCUGUAUUUUCGCCUCUGAUUCUCCCCCUGCCUACCAACCACCAACACGUCUUUAGAGCCUACUCAGGUCCUUAAAGUUGAUCUGCACUUUAACCUUUAAUUGCUGAAUUCUUGUAAAUUGUCCAGGGUACUUUCAGUUGUUUUUACUUUCAACAAGCAUUAAUUUGUGUCGCACUAACUUAUUUCCCAGAGAACACUUCAAAAACAUUUCCCAUUCACUCUCAUUUAAUAUAUUAGACACAAAAAGCCUAACUUUGUUUUAGCAUACAUUUCAUUACAAUUAAUCCAUUGUUCUUUUAAUAACGGACAAGUUUGCUUAAAGAGCUCAAUAUAGAUUAAUAUCUGCCCCUUUGCCCAUCAUAUAAUUGUAAUAGCUAUAAAUGUUCUGGGAUCAUGUACUAGUUAGCAUUGUUUCUGGCUGGUCUGAAAGGUGAUCCCAGUUGUUUACACUGUACAUAGCAGAGACUUAUAUAAUAAUAGGGUGAAGAGUUUCUAUAACUUGGAAUGGGUCUUUGGGUGGAACACCUUUUCAUGUCUGUCUGUAUUCCACAUUGCUUUCUCUAGAUUUACAGUGUUUUGUUAAACUGUAAAGUAGCAGUGUGCAUACAUUCAGCUUAUGUAUUGGCACCUCCCUGGUAUGAAGCAGUGUUUCUCACAGGGAAACCUUGGAAUGUAGAGAGGCUGGCCAAAUGCAUUAUCUUUCCCACAACAACAUAUAUGGCCUCUGAGUUGGGGGGGGGAAAAAGUAUCCAUUGCAAUGUAAAGAGAAUUGUCUCCAAAGUGCGUUUCAGAGUUUUAAAGAGCAUCAUUAUAAUACCUGUGCUGUUUCUGCCUUAUAAGGCAUUUUACUUCAAUAAAGUGUAUUCCUGGAAGAUUUGUAAGCUGCAUUGUUUUGCUGUCAUACCCUUAAAACACAUAUGAGUUGCAAACAUGUAAUGUGAAUAUUAUGUAAGCUUAGAAUAAAAUUGGGAGAAACAAAUAACAUGAUUUCUACUAUUUUGAGAUUAUUUUGAGAUGGUAAGAUUAUUUUGUGUUCAGGACUGAAAUAUCAGUGUAAAUUUGGUGGUCACAGCUAUAUUUUGAGAGUGAUUUAUUUUCUAUAGUUAAAGACUGAUCUGGAGUGUUUAUGGAUGAAUCACAGUUAAGCAAUGUGAAACUGUUUUUACACUCAUCUCCUGGAUCUGUCCUCUCAAGAUAGGAUUUGACUAAUCCUGCUUUGAGCUAUAUGGAAAUAAUAUGUAAAUACUUAAUGUGUGGGCAGAGAAAUAUAUUGCCAAUAUCCAAGUACUGACACAUAUUGACCCCACCACAGCCCUUGUAUCUUCUUGGUAUUUCUUUUUCCCCAUAAAUGAUGGCCAUGAAGUGCACAGUAAACUGAGUGGAUGAAUAUGUAAAUUCACUGGGCAAUAAAGUGCAUGAAAAUA